UCACACACACGCUUCCCUGCCAGAAGCAGCGGCAGAUGGAAACGCGUUUUUUCAAAGUGCACGGGCAACGUUUCAGGCGGCGCAGGCUCGGCUCUGGGAGCCGGGCUGAGACCGUGAGGAGCGCGGACACGGAAGAUGAUGCCCCGGGAUUUCCUUGAGGGGGAGACCGUGUUUAGGGGCCUGCGGGCGGGAGGUACCCAAAGGCCUGGGAACUGAGCGCCGGGCCGCUCGCCCAGCCUGGCCCUGGAGCAGAGCGCACGUCGCGCGGUUGCGAAGCGGCUCUUCGGCAGCCAGAGGUUCCCUGCCCCGCAGGCGUCGGACUUUGGUGGGGCGGGAACCCGGCUGUAGCCUCGCGCCGCCCGGGGCCAGGCUCCCUCCGGGACAGACGGGGCCGUGGCCCGCUCCGGGCGCCCCUUCAGCGCCCCAGGGCGGGGGUGACGGGCCAGGCUGCCCUGGUGGGGGCGGCCGCCAGCCGGGGCCCCGAGCACGGGAGGCGGCCACCAGCCCGGCUGCCGGGGACGCGCUGCCGCUCGCCCGCCCGCCCAGCCGCUCCCCGCCCCCGGCGCGGGUAAGAUGGCGGCCGCGGCUCAGGCGUUGAGCGGCUCGGGGCUGCUUCUGGCCGCCGCCGCCCUCGCCCUCCUGGCCGUGGCCAUCGGCACCGACUCCUGGUACCAGACGGACGCGCGGCGGCACCGCGAGCGCUGCCGGGGCUUCGGCCACAAGCGCAGCGACCCGCCCGGCUCCAUGUCGGCGCCCAGCCCGCACCUGCCGCUCCGCGCCCGCCCCCCGCGGGCCCUGCUGCCCGGCCGCCCCCCCUCUGCCCCAGCCCCGGCCGCCGCCGCGCUGGACUCGCACUGCGGCCGCCGCUUCAACUCCACCGUCUCCGGGCUCUGGAGGCGCUGCCACCGCGCGGGCUACGAGCCAGACAGCGAGGAGCUCAUCCGGCAAGGAGUUAUUCAGCGCUGCACUGCUGUGAAGUACCAUUACACCUCAUCCUCUCUGCCACGCAAUUUACCCAUCAAUAUUACCAACAUCAUCCGGCAGGAUGAGUGGCAUGCUCUCCAUCUGCGGAGAAUGACAGCCGGCUUCAUUGGCAUGGCAGUCUCCAUCAUCCUGUUUGGCUGGAUCAUUGGUAUGCUGGGCUGCUGUAAACAGCACGAGCUCAUGCAAUACGUGGCAGGGCUGCUCUUCCUCAUGGGAGGUACAUGCUGUAUCAUCUCACUCUGUACCUGUGUGGCUGGGAUUAAUUUUGAGUUGUCUCGCUAUCCUCGCUAUGUCUAUGGGCUGCCAGAGGAUAUCAGCCAUGGCUACGGCUGGUCCAUGUUCUGUGCCUGGGGCGGCCUGGGACUUACUCUUUUGGCUGGAUUCCUCUGCACACUGGCCCCCUCGCUCAAUGCCUCUCGUACUGCUGUACAGAAACCCAGACAGGAAAAUGGAGCUGUGUGACCUCAAAGGGUGCAGGAGAAGAGACUCCAGCAAGCACAGCUUAGGUAAAGCUGUGGUUUAACAGUGCCAUGGAGAUGGCAUUUCUGCGCCAUUGCUGAGGGUGGUACACACUAGGGAUGUUAAAGGUUUUUGUCCAAGUCCUGUGGCAAAUGCAAACCUGUGGUUCUCCUGCUACAGAAUUUGUCUUAGACACAGACUCUACAACAAGCUGGGGUUGAUGUCUUACUGACUUGCUCAUUGAUUUAAGAGGGAGUUUUUCUUUUAUAUGCAAGGGAUUAGCUCCUGUUUAUUUGAAACACUAACUGCAGCUCUUUUAUUCUAGUCCAGUUGUGGAGGAUUCUUGUCCAUUUUAAAUGUGUAGCUGCAGAGUUUGUGUAACACUGGCAGGAGACUGAACACCCUUCCACCUGGCUUGGCCUCUAGCAGUUUGGUUCAGCCUUCCAUUGUCCAAAGGAGCCUGGAGAUCCAAAUAGUGGUUAGGGCAGUUCAUCCAUCCUCAGUAUUGAUAGAUCUGCUGCAAAAAAUGAGGCUCACUCCCCCCUUAUGUAAUGUGGGCUGCCACUGGCCACUACUGAAUGUGCUUGGAAAGACAGCAAGAGUUAAACAAACCAGCACUCCCCCUUCUGGGGGGAGGGGGGAGUUGGUCCUCUGGUCUCCGCAUCAGGCCCUUCCUGCAGCUGAAGUCAGUCACUUUUUUGAGUAAGCAGCAGCAUCUGCCAGCUAAUGCACAUGACCCUAGUUAUGAGUGUGUGCAACAGCUAGGACCAAUAAGCUAUAGGCACCAUUCAGUCACUGUGGAAUUGUUCCACAAGGAGACAGAGUGGCAGUAGUUUCAGCUGCUGGGCUCAACCUCAAGGACCCAGCCUACCUUCUACCUGAGGUACAUGACUCCUCACUGCAAGCAAAGAGCUCUCUAUGAAAAGAGUGAUGAGCUUAGAGGGAAAUACAUUGCCAACAUGAAAAUGGAGCAGUCACAGUAGCUUGUUGCAGUAUAUCCAGAAGAUUUAUAAUUUAUUUUCCCAAGAAAGCUUGGCUUAUGCUCAUUUCGUACACUGUCCCUGCAGAGGCUUUAUCCCCAGUUGUCUGUCUGGAAUGUGGGAUACAUCAGCUGUGCACAGUUCAAUCACAAACCCACAGCUCAGUUGAUACCAUGUCCUGUAACCAGCAGAGAACAAAUAACAUUUUUUUGGAGGAAUGGAUGGUGAGCAGCUUGUAACCCACAUCAGCACUAGGGCUAACUCAGGAACAUGAGCCAAGCUACUGCCCGAUAAAGUUCUCUUUCAUACAUACCUCCUGCUGCUCCCCCACCUCCCCCCACAAGGCGCACAGGCAGUGGGACAGGGAUGUGUUUCUCUAACACAACUGAAUGGCAUGUAAGAUAAGCAGUGCUAAAGUCAGUGUAUUUAUAAAGUGUCAUUUUUAAAUGGAGGCUGUGAUUCUCAACUGGCAUUAAAGUACUGGAAAACUUG